AUGAAUCUAGUAACAUCUGGAAUAAUUUUAUACUCAUUGUAUAUAUGUGUAUGUAUGGAUCCUGAAGAUGGAUCUGAGCAUGAAUCUGCAGUUGUAGAUGGAGAUGAUGCAACGGAACCUCCCCCAUAUGAAACAGUCGUACAAAAUCCUAACCCACCGCCAUACCACCAUGGCUAUCAUUUUGUUCAUACUCAUACAUCAGGCACAGAUGAUGAUGAUCCGCCUCCACCCUAUACACCUGAACCACAAAAUUAUCCAUUACCACCACUAAAUCAACAAUCUCAAGCAUCUUAUACUUAUCCCUAUUAUUCGCCAAGAUCAGUAGAUUCUCGGUCACCUACCGGAUCAGAUGCUACACCGGAUUAUUAUGGUUCAUCUUUAUAUGGACAAGGUGCCACGGGGUAUACACCAUCUCUAUCAACUACUUCACAAGCUGCUUCAGAUCAAUUACCACCAGAUGAAUUACAAUUAGUGGAUUUAGAUACAAAGAGUAAGUGUUCUUCUAAUAGCACAUUAUUUUCAACACACCUGAUAAAAGUAAAGGGCAUGAUUCAUAAAUACUCUCCCAAAGAAGGCUUCGGAUACAAAAAAAUAACACAUGGCAAUGUUGUGGUUUGGUCAAUGGAAAAUGGAAUAUAUGCAACAAAAGCAUCAGUGAUUGGCGUUGGUUUUGGUAGUAAGCAAAUAACUAUAGAAUUAAUUAAUGGCAUUACAAUUAAUCUUAAGAAGAGAGGUCAUAAGAAGGAAUGGGUACAAGUAACACCAAGAUAA